UAAUCAUUAGUCAAUGAAUCAAAAUAUGGCACUUGAAGUUUCUGGUAUGACUGAAACUUUCAAGAUCAACUCUGAUAAAAUGAAAUGGCAGAAACUGCAGUGUCAUUUGUUUUGCAGCAAUCCUUCCCAUUUGUAGUAGAAGAAGGAAGAUUGUUGACAGGGUUUCGGAGAGACUUAAAAGAGAUAAAAAAUGAACUUGAGAGCAUCCAAACCUUGCUCAAGGAUGCAGACAAAAAGGCUGCUGAAGAAGGAGAACGAGCCAAUAAAGAAGUAAAAGCUUGGACCAAACAGCUGAGAGAAGAAUCUUUUCGCAUAGAAGAUGUGAUUGAUUACUAUAACAUGAAUGUGGCACAAAGGGUCAACCAUUCUGGACUCAUAGCUUUACUCCAAAAUAUUUUUCACAUGAUCCCAACCCUAAAGUCACUUUAUCAUGUUGGUUCCGAGAUUCGUGACAUCAAAUUAUCAGUUGCGGGAAUCAAAAGAAGAAGUACAGAUUUUGAUUUUCAAUCUGAAAGAGGGACCAAAGCAGCCAGAUUUGGUGACCCUGAAAUUGCUUCUUAUUUCAAUGAAGAUGUCGUGGGGUUUGAGUCCCCAAGAGAUGAAUUGGUUAGAUUCUUGGUGGAGGGAACCAGUGAGCGCAUGUUGGUUUCUGUUGUUGGCAUGGGAGGACUCGGUAAAACGACUCUUGCUAAGUAUGUUUUUGAUAAACAUGAGGUGAAAAACCACUUUGAUUGUCGGUUUUACAUCUUAGCUUCUCAAUCCAACACUACGAAGGAGUUGUUGAUUGAUAUGAUAACGAAGUUUUAUGAGCAUAGUAAUGAGCCUAUUCCAAAGGGUCUGAAGGAGAUGCAUGAUAUUACAUUGACUACUCAUGUGAGGGCAUACCUUGAAUCAAAGAGGUACUUGAUGUGGUUUGAUGAUGUUCGGAAAGAAGAAUUUGCUGAAGGGAUCGAAUAUGCCUUGGUAAGUAAUAACAACGGAAGUAGAAUCAUUGUGACCACUAGAAUGAUGCAUGCAGCAGAAUAUUUUCGGGAAUCUUUUCCUGGUCAUGUUUACAAGCUACAGCCUUUGACUCCAAACAAAGCAUGGGAACUGUUUUGCAACAAGGCAUUUAGAGGGGAGUGUCCAGAACAUCUUGAGAAAAUGUCCAAGGACAUGGUGCAAAAAUGUGGAGGGCUACCGCUUGCAAUUGUGAUCAUUGGUCGUCUUUUGUCAACAAAAGCUAAACUCAAGUCUGAGUGGAAAAAGGUGAGUCAAAAUCUAAAGGAAUUAGAUGGCAAUGUGCAUUUCACUCGUCUAACAAUGAUUUUAUCUCGGAGUUAUGAGGAUCUUCCUUGUCAUUUAAAACUAUGCAUGUUGUAUUUUGGUAUCUAUCCGGAGAACCACACCAUCAAUUGUAAGAGACUUACUAGGCAAUGGAUAGCCGAAGGAUUUGUUAUGUGUGUUGAGGGAAAAACUUUGGAGGAAGUUGCUGAAGAGUACUUGAAAGAGCUGAUAUAUACAAGUUUGGUUCAAGUUUCUAGUGUUGGCUUUGAUGGAAAAGUCAAAAGUUGUCGAGUCCAUGAUUUGUUGCAUCAUAUAAUCCUUAGAAAAAUGAAAGAUGAAAGUUUUUGCCAUAUAAUGUAUGAGGAUCAAGAACAAGUCACAGUUGGAAUUACCAGACGCUUUUCUAUAGCAACUUUCUCAAAUAAUGUGUUAAGAAACAAUAGUAACUCAGGAAUUCGUGCUAUCUUUGUUUUUGACAGUAGAGAAAUGUCUAAAUAUUUCAUUGAUAGUUUAUCUGUCAAGUUCAAGUUUGUAAAAGUUCUUGACUUUGGGCAUUCUUUGUUGAAUUAUGUUCCUGAGAACUUGGGAAAUCUACUCAAUCUAAAGUACUUGAACCUAAGUCAUACAAAAGUUAUGGUUCUUCCUAGAUCUAUCGGUAACCUACCGAACUUAGAAACAUUGGAUCUAAGGCAAACUCAAGUGGUUGAGUUACCAAUGGAGAUAAACAAGCUCACAAAGCUAAGGCUUCUUUCAGUUUAUAAUAAAAAGUAUGAAGAGCAUUGUUCUAUGUUGAACUUUACAACUGGGGCACAAAUGCAAAAGGGUAUUGGGUGCUUGAAAUCUUUGCAAAAUCUUUAUUUUUUGGAAGCAGGUUGCGGUGGAGUAGAUCUUAUACAAGAGCUCAAAAAGUUAAGUAAACUAAGGAAGUUAGGCAUAAGAGGCGUGCGGAGAACAUAUGGAAAUGCAGUAUGUACUGCAGUACAAGAGAUGAUCAACCUUGAAUCUCUAAAUAUUACUGCUAUAACUGAGGAAGAAAUCCUUGACUUGGAUUUUGUAUCAGCUCCACCCUAUCUUAAAGUGCUCAAUUUGAAAGCUAGACUAACAAAGUUUCCCGAUUGGAUUCCAAAACUUGAAUAUAUUGUGAAGCUAGUGCUUGGCUUUUGUAAAUUUGACCAUGAUCCACUAGACUCUUUGAAGAAUUUGCCAAAUUUGAUGAGGCUUAUUUUGUGGGAUGAUGCAUUUGCUGGUGAAAGUUUGCAUUUUCAAGAAGGAGGGUUUCCGAUGCUAAAGGAGUUGGACCUCACCAGAUUAAAUAGACUAAGUUCUGUAUCUAUAGAUAGAGAUGCUUUACUUGGUCUUGAACACUUUAGAUGUAUCAACAUUCCUGAAUUGAAGGUGUUACCCCAAGAACUUCAAAACUUGAAAAACCUUCAAUUCCUUGGAUUUGCUGAUAUGCCAGUUGAAUUAGUUGAUAGCAUUGAUCGAGAGAAAGACGGAGCAUGCCAUUGGAUUAUCAAUCAUAUUCCCCUUGUACUAAUUCGUGAGAAAGUAGGAUCAAGUUUUCAUGAAUAUGAGUGGCGCCACAUUCCAACUCAACUCAAUGUCUGAAAUAUAAAGAUACAAAUUAUGUAGCAGCUCAGAAAAAAGACUCUCUUUGUUUCUUCAUUCCUUCUAUGGUGUGCUUGAAUCGCCCAAUAAAUUGUUUCCUUGAAUUGAACUCAUCUACAACAUAAUCAAGGAAUUUGUACUCUUAUUAAUUUAAAAUUUGGUUUAGGCUUUCUUUUUCUGUUUGUCA